UGGCAGCCAUGAUUAUAUAUGGUUGGCAGCGCUGGUCAUAAGUGUGGUUAUUUUUGCCUUAAAGUUGGUAAAAGUGCUGGGAGCACGCGAGCGCCCUCUCCCCUCCUUUUACAGUAAACAUCCGUCGAGAUGGUAGUGACGAAGAAGCAGAGCCCCGAGGCCGCCAAGGCGGCAGGCAAAACCCCUGAAUUCAAAAAAUCUGGCAGAGCCAGAAAUUAUGACUUGGGUAACGGAGUAUUAAGGUUCUCGAGAGCCAAGAUGUUCCACAAAAAGGCCCUGUACAAGUUCGUCGGCAAAAAGGUGGCAGCCGCCAAAAAAACCGUUCAACCUCGCGUCGUCGAAAAAAAAAUCGGUGGAGAUAAGAACGGAGGCAAACGUUUUGUUUUGGUGAACCAACGUAGAAAGGCCUACCCAACUAUUGACAACAUUCGUGUAGCCCCAUCUAAAAAAACCUUCAGCCAACACAAGCGUAGCAUAAGGUCAACUUUGACGCCCGGCACCGUGUUGAUUUUAUUGGCUGGCGCCCACAAAGGCAAACGCGUCGUGUUGCUAAAGCAACUCAACUCUGGACUGCUAAUGGUGACAGGGCCGUUCCAGAUCAACGGUUGCCCGUUGAGGCGCAUCAGCCAGCGUUACGUGAUCGGCACGCAGACCAAAAUUGACGUGAGCGGCGUUAAGAUCCCGGAAAAUUUAGACGACGAGUACUUUAGGAGGCAAAACCUCAAGAAGCUCAGGAAGAAGGGCGAGGGGGACAUUUUCAAGAGCAAGAGGCCCACCUACAAGGUCAGCGACGACAAGAAACAGCAACAGAAAGAUAUGGACAAGCAAGUGUUUGAAGCUAUCAGGAAGCACCCAGACAGGAAAGUGCUUUUGGCUUACCUGUCUGCCAUGUGGGGAUUGAGGUCCUCCCAGUUCCCCCACAGACUGCAAUUCUAGAUUCGUUAAGGCCCAUGGUUUAUUGUUCUGUAAUAUGUUGUCUCAAUAAAUUGUGGAUUUAUACAUUU